AUGGAUUCGGCAAAGAAGUACAAAGUUGUAACUAAUGCGAGUAAGAAUAAGGCACCUCAUUCCUUUGAUCAUGUUCCGUCUUUCGUCAACUAUACGAUCCUUCAGCUCUGGCGAAUUCUACCUACGGCUACCGAUCAAUGCUCGGUGAACGCUCAGAUCAGCCUUCGCUCCUACCCGACACACGAUGCUUACAACAUCUAUUUCAUACAAAACAUGAACACAACUUUGGCCGAAACGACAUGUACUGUGGUAUCGUUGGAAAAUGCCAGAAACGCCGCCGCCGAGGAGCGACUGCUGGAGGAAAAUAGCAAAUGUCGUCUGCUCGCCAUUGACGACAAACGAGCCCAUAACGAAUCGGAACGUGUUCGACAUUUGCCAUUCAGCCUCCUAGCCAGCCGUAGCGAACGGGAUUCAAGCGGUGGUGAUGGGAUUGUGAAUCUGAUCGGAAAUCGCGUCGGUGAUAUCAUCGAUCUUCUCGUAAUUGGCUCAGAAGGGAACUCAUACGACUACGCUGAAAUGGUUCUCACGGAGUCUAACAAAGUGGUAGUAUGCCAGGUGAAUCUUCUUUACCACGAACCGAAAGACGCCAACAUCUCGCGAUUUUUCGAGAUGGUGCACAAUCUCACUGAUGACGAGCGUUACGCAUUGAUGAGAGCCGAUCGAGAUCGAUACGCCACGAAGAUGCAGUUGUUCUUCGUCAACCAUCGGGAUCAGUACUGCUUGGAUAGAUAUCUUCGCAUGUACACUUUUGAUUAG